GUUGAGGCCAGCCGGGACUACCUGGGAAGAUUGUCAUUGUGCAACCCGAAGCUUUACCAACUUGCAUCGUCGCGCGCUCACCGUCCAGAUUGAUUGUCUCAAUAUGAUCGGGUUCACGGGUCGCAUUCGCGGCCAGCCGCGAGCGUUUUUGGCUCAAGCAUCUUGGCCUGAGCUCUUGGUGUAGCCCCCAGAGCGGUGCGGCCACUCACCGUCCCAGGCGCGAGAGCAGCGGCGCCAAGCAAUCAGUCUCAUGCACAGCGGCCGCGACAACGGCAUGCAGUGCACUUGCCAGGCUGACGGAACAAGAUUGGUCGUCAAUGCUCGUUUGUUGAAGUUAGUGGGCGUCGGGCCUGGACUCGGCCGCAGCAACAGCGACGGUAAUCUUGGGAGCGCCGCUGGGGGAUGCCUCCCGCGGCUGGACCCUUCCCAGAGUGCGCGCGACAGCGCACCAGGGAGGCCUGCGCGCGUGCACGACGACCAAGCCGGGAGCUCCAGUGGGAGCGACACCACUCACGGAUCGUUCUCAGAAGAUAUUCCCUCCGCAUCGGGCAGCUAUUGUUCCUUGUCGGAUCUCAGCGGCAGCAUGCGGUGGUUCAGCGACUGCAGCGAGAACGAGAGCAGCGGCGGCUCGGCGUCGAUCAGCUCCCACUCCGAGAACCACAGCCCUCGGUGCGCCGAGGAGAGCGAGGUCGACGAGCAGCAGGUUGCAGAAUGGCUGAAGGCCAACGAGGCUCAGCACGCCGCCGGGACCUGCAAGCCGUGCCUCUUCAACGGGACGGAGGCAGGCUGUGCGAUGGGCCGCGCGUGCAGGUUUUGCCACCUGCCGCACGCGGCCAAGCGCAGGGCGUCGCACAGGAAGGCCGAGAGUAUGCACUGCAAGCAGCUGGUCGCGAAGCCGGACUGCAAGUGCGAGGGCGACGCGGAAGCCGCGUGGGACUCGGCCGACGAUUGCAGCCUGAGCCGGCGGCAAAUGUUCAGCGCCUUCCAGGAGGGGGACCAGCAGCAGGGCCCGCCAAGGGCGGAGCUGGGCGGUCUGACGCGCGCCGCCGCGGGCGAGAAGCCGAAGCAGCCGCCGAGCUGCGGCUAGAAGCGCGCGGGUCCGUGAGGACUUGUUGCCAGCGCGGAUGCUGUUGACGGGGUACCCCCCCCGCCCUGCCCCCCGCCGGGGUUUGGCGCGUGGAACGAGAUCGGGGGCCAUCAUUGCAACUUGCUCAGCUACUCGCCGAUCGACGCCCUGGAUUCCGCCAAGUACGCCUGCUCAUGCGCCGAGAGCGGAGCUUGCGGAGGCGUCUACCAUGAUUCUUGUCGGCCGUGGAUGGGUGCGGCCAUGGGCAAGUACUACGUGUGCAGGAGGGAGCCCUUGACUUGCGAAGAGACCGCGGAUGUGCAGUUAGUGUAUGCUCCAGACCCCAGCGUGUCGUGUGUGUGGUGGAACGGAACGGGCGACCAGGCAGCAAUUUGGAGCUGCGGAUGCUCCGAGGAGGUGAACGGCGAUCUGCGGCUUGCUUUUCGUCAGUCUCGAUCAGGGAGCGCGUCGUGCGCACAUCCUGACAAGCGGAGAUCAGAUCGCGGACGAUUCCAAAGCGCUCUCAUUUCCCUCAGAUUGGCGCAAUUUGCCAGAGCGCCAUGAAGUGCGAAUUUGGCCGGCAACUGCAAGGUUUCCAGUGGUAUCAGCCACAUGCCGCACCCAUCAGGCAAGGCAACAGACGCCUGGCCUGAUGGUCGUGCCAAGAGCGCGGGACGCUGGAAGUUGUGUAGUAACGUACAGUACAAUGCAGCAAAACGCCGUACAGAGCAUGCCGACGGAGCCGAAUCUGAAAACAAAUGAUCAGCGGUGGCUGUUGGAUUGGCAGCUACUGGGAACCGGCACAGACCCCAUGUGCGCGACGUUGGGGCGAGGUGCGCCAGGCACCCCUAAGUCCCCAUCGGCUCCGGGUCGCGCCGCAUCGAGGCCAACUGGCCCAAUGACGGACAAGUUCCAGG